UGCAACGAAGCACUAACGCGCUACAGAGACAAGAUGCGCCGUUGAGCUGGUCCUCCUACCUGUCCUAUGAUGUCGCUUUAACCAGCGGAAGCUCUCGAGAACGCCGGCCCCCUCCCUCCCCUUUUCUCCCCUCCGCACCACCUCACCACUGCGGUCGACAUGCCCACUGCUGUGCCCUCGACGAGACCGAUGAGCUCUGCUCCACCUCUGGCGAAGACGUCGUCCCCGUGGGAGAUCCCGACCCUCAUACGCGUCGACCCCUUCCGGCCAGCCAACGAGCAGCCCAACAUUCACACCCGAUGGCAUCCAGACAUUCCGGCGUGUAUGGAGAUUGAGCUCGACAAGCCCUUCAAGGUCGAGUGCAUGGAUUACUCGGGCUUCCAGGUCAACAACGACGACGUCGCCGACGACGUGCUGGACAUGGAUCACGACUCGGAUCACCAUCUUUCGGGACCCUUCUGGGUGCCGACAGCCGAGCCCGGGGACGCCCUCGAGAUUGACAUCCUUGACGUUACGGAACACCCCCUCCACCCAUGGGGCUACUGCAUCACGUACCCCGGCCUCGGGUCACUGGACAAGCCCGGUGCGCCGCCCGAAGUCACCAAGACCAUCUGGGAGUUUGCUGGCGCCGAGGCGAGCUCUCGGCAUGUACCGCUUGUGCGGUUCCAGGGGCGUGCACACCCAGGCGUUAUCGGGACAGCACCCAGCGCUGAGCUCCUUGCAUCCUGGGUGGAACGAGAGGGUGCCGUCGCCGAUGCACAAAAGCGCGUGCAUGGCCCGGGGGGUGUGGGUGUGUCGAUGCCGCUCGCGCGGGGCGCAUAUGUGGGGCAGGAAAUACCCGACGAUCUGCGGGAACGUAUCUACGCGGACGGCGCGCGCACCGCGCCCGGCCGAGAGCACGGCGGCAACAUUGAUAUCGCAAGCCUGACGCGCGGAAGCCGGGUGUGGCUCCCUGUCUUCGUGCCCGGCGCUAAGCUGAGUGUGGGCGACACGCACUUCUGCCAGAGCGACGGCGAGCCUACGACUGCCAUCGAGAUGCCGGGCGUCGUGACUUUGCGUGUGCGGGUCGUCAAGAACGGUGUGCGCCGCCUUGGACUGAAGGCCCCGAUGUACCAGACCUCGCCGCACGAGCCCUCGUUCCCCAACAAGCUCGUGUUCACCGGUCUGAGCACCACCCCCGACGGGGCUCAAACAGACCGCGACGGCCUGGUCGCAUAUCGCAACGCGGCUUGGGCCGCCAUGGACUACCUCCAGAAUCAGGGGUACAGCCAUGAACAGGCGUACGUGAUCAUGUCAGCCGCGCCGGUCGAGACCAAGGUCGUGGCGACGGCCAACCAGCCCAACUUUGUGGUCAGCGUCGCUCUUCCCCUUGACAUAUUUGAGUUUGACAUCCACCCGCGCGCCAUCGACGAUCCUAAACCUCUCAUUUCUGGGCCGGCGGUGCUCACGGCCGAGCGGCGGGCCGCCGAAGCCAAGAAGGGCGAGGGCGAGAGUGGGAAGAACGGGCAUGUUAAUGGCCACGACCAGAAAGUAUAGUAGAUUAGAGGCUUAGAUGCAUAUGAC